AUGCAGAAGCGUCUUCAUGCUUCCACUUCCGACACCCUCACAGACAACCUAGAGGUCGCCUGCCAUAUACGGCGGAUUUGUCUCGGCCACCUUGAAGAAAUUCCCGACCUUGACUCCAAAGAUCUUCCCGGGACCCCCUGGUUCCGGCCCGAAACCGCGAUUUACUUGCACAAAGCAAAUCACCGCAAGACGACCAAGUUCUUCACGACAACUCGCCGAAUUAAAGAGGAUCCGUCCAUGCCAGAAGAUGCGAAGGAUAUCCUGCUCGGAAAGGCGCUCGUCUCUGAGUACCUGAGCAACCGCGAUGCGGUUUCCAUCGAUGGCGGCUCCCCUGAACUUGACAGCUUCGAUCCUCAUUCAAAGACCCGUGACAAGAUCAAAGCCCUUAAGCCGAAGUUGAAGGUCCUCCGCACUGAGGAGACCACUGAGGUCAAGGGCUGUCACCGGGUAAUUACGGUCGAAGUCCGUGAGAAGGCGGAUUUGCUUCCCCGCCCCUGUGAGCUGGAGGCCCUUGUCAUCUAUAUCAAAGAUGCCAUGCUCGGCCAGUCAAGGGUCAUCAAUGAUCCCCUACGUCGCUACGACGUUUGGAACGUCCAUCAUCACUUCCCGGUCCUGCUGGUAGUUCUGUACCCAGGAGCCAAAGCCCGAGUCAUUGUCGGCAGCUUCGACGGCAAUGAGCUCGAAGUCCAAUUCACUUCGGUGAUGGAAUUCAACGAAAAGUCCUUCCUCGUCCAACUAGAAGACCUAAUCGCGUGGGCUGUCCCCUUCUGUCUCUGGGACACAACCAACAUCCCGCGAUUAGCGCCCAUCGAGGAAGAAGAAGAAGAAGAAAGUAGCGAGCCAAGCACUACGAUGCCCCAAAUGACCCUCUCCUCCCCGCUCCCAACAUCGGCGAGAAGGCCCUCUCCCUUGGAGAAAACCCACAGACACUCCAAGGUGACGGCGAAAGCAGUAGCUGCGCGGCAGCGAAAGAAGAAGCAGAAGACCGUUACGACGGCCAGGAAGUCACGUCUGAGGAAGGAGGCGGUGACGAAGAAGAAGCUGUACCUCGCAGCUAUACAAAAACGACAAAAAACAAAAACAUGGAAAAACGAAUGA